AUGAAAGUCUCGAAUGCUUUAUUAGCAUUACCACUACUCCUGACGCAAUGUUUGGUAAAUGCUGAGGAACUAUCUGCUGACCGAAUCAACGGUACAGAAAUUGAAAGUUCUAAGAUACAAUCAUACAAUAAAAGUGAAGCACGCAAGGACCACGAUGCUGCAGCGGCAUAUAAUGAGAAGUAUAUUCAUCCUGUAAAGGCCAAUGGGGGUGUUGUGUCGUAUCCUUACAAAGAAGAAUUGGAUCUACAACCUUUACCAAGAAACCAUUUGAGGUCAUCUUUUCAUUUCGAUAUUGAAUCAGAGGCUUUCGAUCCCACAAAAUCGGCAAAUGAUUUUGAGGAAUAUAGCCAUUAUACAGUUUUCCCAAAGAGCAUUGAUCCUCUCUUAAAACGUACAGGUACUAGGCAAAUGCAUUUAAGAUUUACUAGAGGACUUUGGGACUCUGAGACAUGGGGAAAGCUACCGUAUGAUGGGUUUAAAUCAGGCGGUUCAGGUGUUGAACUUUGGGCAGUUAUUGAAGCAGAGAACAGAGAAGCAGCUUACAACCAGUGGAAAUCGUUAGCAAACUCAUUAAGCGGUAUGUUUUGUGCGUCUAUAAAUUUCAUUGAUAAAUCAAGAACAGUUUUUCCUGUUUCACCUUCCCAGUUUUCUGUUAAAUCAGAGCAUGAUCAUAAAGCUAUACCAAUUUUUAACACCACUAAUGAAUUAUAUUUAUUGCAUGCAUCACUUGCUAAUGAACCGAUAUGUACUGAAAAUUUGACACCUUUAAUCAAAUUAUUGCCUACAAAAGGAAAGUCGGGAAUUUCCUCACUAUUAGAUGGUCACAAAGUUUUUGAUUCUAUUUGGCAUAGCAUGUCCAUAGAUAUCGAUACUACCUGUGAUGAAGUUAAUGGUAUAUGUAAAUUUGAAAUGGAGGCCAUUGUUGACAUGGUGAUGAAUACUCCGCAAUCGUUGAGAAGAGGAACAAAUCCAAUUCCAAGGCCUCUGUCUGCAUCGGAAUUGAGAUGUGACUUAAGUAAACCCCAUGAUGACUUUAUGUGUUUCCCAUUACCAGAAAAAACAGAUUACUCUUUCGAUAUUUCACAGAUUUUUGGUAAAAAAAUAAUUGGAACAAAUCAAUUGUCUCAUUAUCCAUCUAAACUUUGUGCCAUCAUAACUGGCAGUUGGAAGUCAUUUGUGAGUGUUGGUGAAGAUUUGUACGCGACAGAGAAUAAUUGUUUUGAACUACAUGAACAAGUUGAUCACGAUUUGUAUUUCGAAACCAAAAAUAGCACGGAUGUGAUUGAUAAUGGUGAUUCCCCUAUAUUUGUUAGUAGGUCCCUCACAGGUUAUGGCCAGGACCAUGGUGGUUUGCGUACUGUAUUCAAGAAUCCAUACAAUCAUGACGUGAAGUUAGUCUAUUUUGAAUCUUUACCAUGGUAUAUGAGGGUGUAUCUGUCUUCCUUAAAAUUAGAAAGCAGUAAUUCGCUUCAUCUUUCAGAUGUUAUCAAGUCAACGCAUUAUGAGCCAGCAAAAGAUAGACUGAGACCAACACACGUGGAAUUUGAGAUUACUGUUCCAGCUAACACAACAUUUGCAUUAUCUUACCAAUUUGACAAGGCAAUUUUACAAUUCGAAGAGUACCCACCAGACGCCAAUCAUGGUUUUGAGGUGGAGGCUGCAGUUAUAACAGUAACUGAACCUAUUCAUUACCAACUAAGAACCAGUACACUAUUAUUAUACCUAUCCACGCCAGACUUUAGUAUGCCUUACAAUGUGAUUAUUAUCACGUCUACUGUUAUUGGACUGAUUUUUGGUAUGCUAUAUAACAUGAUGGUAAAGCGGAUGGUAACACUGGAAGAAGCUGAUAGAAUAAUGGAAAAAAGAUCUAUAAAAUACAGACUAAAGCAAUUUAAAAUGGCACUAUUAAAAAAAAUUAAUGGUAAUAGAAAGAAGGAGUAG